AUGUUUUUUCUUAUAUAUUUCUUCUAUUUCACAUUGACUUAUGGGCACAAAUGUUCAUUAAAAACACCUUCGAAGUCCAAUGACGUUUACCUGUGUCGACAGAAAUUGAAUAUAUCAUCGAUUCGUGUAUGGCUACAUUUAAAAGUCAACCAAAGUGAACAGUUUCAAUUUUCGUAUUAUAUCUUUACGUUACGAACGCUCGACUUAAUGGAUGAUCAUGCUCUUCAUUUGGAAGAACGCUUUGAGAAACAAAUUGGUCAGUACUCAGAACUGAAUCGAACACAGAAUGAAAACAAUACGAUUGAUCUCCAUAAUUUAUCGCCGGGUCGUUACGAAAUCUGUGUGAAUUUACUCUAUGAUAAAUCUCAGCAUUUCUACUAUCGCUCACCGAACAGUUGCUUACACAUUCCAUGGGAUGUGCCUGAAGAAGAAUUUGAAGCACCCCACAGUCUCAUAAAGAUAUCGUUUAUGAUUGGUAUUAUUAUGUUAUUAGUUGCAUCUGCAUUUGCCAUUCAUACAGGGCAUCGAUAUGUCAAGUCGAUUAGUAAGAAGCCGACUGUCGAUGACGCCGAGUACAAUCAAGAAGAAGAAGAUGACGACGAUGAUGAAGAUCAGAAAAGAUCCGAACGAGCAAAAUUUCUCGUCCGUGAAAAUUUUGAACCGAAAGUCAAUCCAUUUGAAUUACUAGUUCGUCGACGUAUUCAACAACGCUAUAACCAUUACUCACCUGAUCCUAAUGACCGAUAA